AUGGACGACAAAGGUGCUACACUCGACAUGUCUCUGUUCUUUGGAACAGAGGAGCAGAAACGACAGUUUUGCAACGAGCUACUUCGGUUGCUCAAGUCGCGAGGCGGCGUCAAGAUUCAAAAUCACGGUAUACCAGCAGAGGACAUACACAAACUAUUUGAUAUGAGUCGAAAAUUCUUUGCUUUGCCCCAUGAGGAAAAGAUGAAAGCCAAGCACCCGCCUCAAGCCAAUCCGAACAGAGGAUAUAGCUUUGUUGGUCAAGAGAAUGUUGCAAAUAUCAGUGGCUACGAGAAGGGCUUAGGGCCAGGCAAGACUCGCGAUAUAAAGGUAAUCCAUACUGCCAGACAGGAGACGCCAUAUGCUCAAUUGACUAACAUAGUUGCUAAGGAGACUCUGGACAUGGGCAGUUCGCACGACGAUCUUGUAGACAAUCUUUGGGUACCUGAAGAGAGCCUUCCUGGAUUCCGAAAGUUCAUGGAAUACUUCUAUGAGAAGGCGUACAAAACCGAAUUGCAUCUUCUGUCCGCUCUUGCGAUUGCUCUCGGUGUUUCGGAAGACUACCUCAGGGCACUUCAUAAUCGUGCGGAGAACGAGUUUCGUCUUCUUCAUUAUCCGGCGAUUCCCGCCAUGGAGCUUGCGGACGGUACAGCGACGCGCAUUGCCGAGCACACCGACUUUGGAACGAUCACCAUGCUGUUUCAAGACUCCGUGGGAGGUCUUCAAGUGGAGGACCAGAACGAACCUGGCGUAUUCCGGAGCGUGGAAUCCUUGGCACCCACCGACAUCAUCCUCAACAUUGGCGACUCUCUUCAACGCCUGACUAAUGACACAUUCCGUGCUGCUUGCCAUCGUGUCACGUAUCCACCGGCAAUUAAAGCUGGCGACAAUAUUGAGAUCCCCGAACGAUACUCCAUUGCGUAUUUCGUCAAGCCGAAUCGCCUUGCAUCCCUGCUUCCCAUCAAGGAGUUUGUCACCGAAGCUACCCCAUGCCAUUAUGAUGAUGUUACUUCAUGGGAGUGGAAUAACAGGAGAAUUGCGAAGCUAUUUGGCUAG